CUGCUUGCCUUUGCCUCCGCCAUAUCUCCUCUCACCUCUGCUAUUGCAGCCGUGCACGGCACCUCGGCUCUGUCUCUGGCCUUCUCUCUUCCGCCGUCGUUUCUUCUUUCACGAUGUAUAAAAAGAUGAAUCGACAUGACUCUAUACGAGGAGUUUCUGCUUGCAAUGGAUACCAACGCGGGAAACCACGGCCCAGGAAAUUCCAAGUUAAAGUCGUGAAAUACUGUGGGUGGCAAACCGACGCCGAGACUCCAACGCCGGCUGAUCGAGUAAAGAAAGAUAUGGGAUCAGAAUUCUAUGCCGGUUCCUCCGUGUCUCUGCCAUCACCGCCGCCAAUUUUGGUUCCCUUGCCGGAUUUUUUAACUAAGGCGGUCGGUGACGUUAAGAAUGACUUGCCAAGAAAUUUACCUUGCUCCCGCCAAGAAAGAUGGAGUUUGUUACUUCUAAAGAACUGGAGUAGUUCAGCAAGAUGCAGAAGGAUACUGAUUCAAGCAAAAUAUCUAGAAGAAAAUCGGAACUUGCUUUUGGUAAAACUCUUUCCAAGGUGUUUCAUGACCAAGAAAAGGUGGAAUGCGAGGGGGAAAGAGCAGCUCCUCCUCACUCGUGGUGAAGCCCAGGAGAAGGAAGCUUGUGACCUGUUCCAAGAUAAAAACAAGUGGGCAAAGAGAGAGAAACAUAUGGUGAAAAUGGUGAUAGCCACACUACUUGCGUAUUCUGAAAGAGCAUAGCUUGCAGAAAAAAUAAGUGAAGCCAACCAGCAGAAUCGGUUCCCAAAAGACAGAUGGACGUUUUCCAUGGGUGAUUCUUUCAAAUGGUUGACUAGAAAAAGAGCAGGAAGUCAGGAACAUUGAAAUAACCACACUUCAAAAGCUAGCUCAUAAGGUUGGAGAGCCUGAGGUCCAUGUGAAUUAUUUUGGAACCCAUGCUUCCCUAUGCGGGAAGGCAUUGCAAAGGAGGAAUAGUUCUUUUUGAACUCAACUAAUAGUAAUUUCUUUCAUGAUACGAAGGACGAAGCUAAGAAUUGAACCUCCAAUAACUUAAAGA